UUAAAGGUUCAAUGUGAUAAACGUGUGCGUGUGAUCAUAUAGGGAAGUGAUUCCUGCGUACAGUUGGUGUUGAAGCACCUGCAACUUUCAUCUCUCAGUCACUUUUACAUUGGAAUCUCUUGUGCGCAUCAUGUUCUUUCAGCUGAUGCGCAUAGCACUCCUCGGACUUUUCUGCUGUCCUUCCAAACGGGCAGCUAUCACCCACUACCCCAAAACUCUGAAAUGCGAUGUGAGUGAGUUUGACAACGGGAGCGUGGUGCUGGUGGAUUGCGGCGCAAGAAACCUCAAACACAUCCCGCCGGGCAUUCCAAGCGACACCACCAAUCUGACGCUCACCAUCAACCACAUACCUGAGUUGAACUCUACCUCCUUUCGCGGCUUGGACAACCUGACUGAGCUUGACAUGAGGUGCAACUGCAUGCCCAUUAAAAUCGGAUCCAAAGACAACAUCUGCACCAAGAGUUUGACGAUAAAGGAAAAUACGUUCGCCAGCCUACGGAAACUACGAGCGCUAUAUCUAGAUGGAAACCAACUUGGAAGUAUCCCUGAAGGACUGCCUUCGGAUCUCGUCCUGUUGAGCUUAGAAGUCAAUCACAUCUAUCAGAUUUUUAAAGCAAAUUUCUCCACCAUCAAAAAUGUUGAGACACUUUACCUGGGUCAAAACUGCUACUACCGAAACCCGUGCAAUGUUUCCUAUUAUAUUGAAGAUGGCACCUUUUUACAGCUUCACAAUUUAACUCUGUUAUCUCUGAAAUCAAACAACUUAUCUUUUAUCCCGCAUCAUCUGCCUACAAGUCUGAAGAAGUUGUAUCUGUACAACAAUAAAAUCGAAGCGGUCGCAGAAGAGGAUUUCCAAAACCUAACAAACUUAGAGCUCCUCGACUUAAGCGGAAACUGUCCCCGAUGUUACAAUGUUCCCUUCCCGUGUACCCCUUGCCCAAACGAGUCCCCGCUCCAAAUAAGCAAGUCAGCUUUUAAAAUGUUGACGAAACUCCAGGUUCUCAAACUGCACAGUAACUCUUUGAGAUUCGUGAUGGCUGAAUGGUUCAACGCCACAACACACCUGAGAGUCCUUGAUCUAUCUUCAAACAAUUUAGGGAAAGAGAUAGAAAUGACAGACUUCCCACAUUUUCUAGGCAGUCUAGAGGAAUUGGACCUUUCAUUUAACUAUAUACUCGCGCAAUAUCCCCAAACUCUAACUUUGAGUCAACAUUUUUCCCAACUAAAGUCCCUUAGAAUCCUUCGUAUAAAAGGCUUUGUGUUCCAGCAGCUGGAACCGGAGGGCAUUGCUCCAUUAAAGUCUCUACAGCAUUUAGAAGUCGUAGACCUCGGUACAAACUUUAUUAAAAAUACCAACCUUAGUAUCCUAAUGGGCUUGCCCAGCUACAAAAUGGUCAGCCUCUCCGACAACAAAAUAUCGGCCUCGUCCGAAGAACAAAAGGCCGUCGGAAGAAAGGUGAGGCCAUUGCUCUGGCCUCAAAUGCUAGCCGACCAAAAAAAGCAAGUGCAAGAAAUGCAGUACUUCCGAUAUGAUGAAGAAGCACGCAGGUGCGAAAAUAAAGAUAAAGAAUUUGGACCUCCUGUGUCGUUUGCCAAAAAGGAAUGCAUUAAGUACGGCAAAAUGUUGGAUAUAAGCAGGAAUAACAUUUUCUUCUUGCAUGCGGGCUUUUUAAAUCUGUCCGAGCUUCGGUGCCUUAAUCUCUCUGGAAACGCAAUGAGCCAAAGUCUGAAUGGUUCGGAAUUUACCUACCUGACUCAUCUACGAUAUUUAGACUUCACGUUUAAUCGUCUGGACCUGCGCUACUCCACCGCCUUUCAAGAGCUGAAAAAUCUCCAAGUCCUUGAUAUUAGCUACAACAACCAUUAUUUUGAAUCUGAGGGCGUUACUCACAUGCUGAACUUUACAAAGAACCUCAAAAAACUGACAGAGCUACGCAUGAACCACAACAAGAUUUGGAUUUCGACAAACACUGAGAUGGAGAGUGAUUCUUUGGAAAUUCUCGAGUUCAGAGAUAACCGACUUGAUUUAUUAUGGAGAGACGGAGACAUCAGAUUUGUCAAUUACUUCAAGAAACUGCUUAACCUGAGGGCACUGGACAUUUCUCAAAACAAUCUCAAUUUUAUCCCGUAUCAAGUGUUCAGCAGUCUGCCGGAAAAGCUUUCGGAGCUCUACAUCAAAAACAACCGACUGAAAUCGUUUCUUUGGGAAAAAUUACAACUUAUACAAGAGCUGAAAGUUUUAGAUCUCAGCGGAAACAGUUUAUCGACUGUUCCCAACAUGCUCUCAAAUUGUACCAGAUCUCUCCAAAGGCUCAUCUUAAGGAAAAACCGAAUUUUGACCCUCACCCCAAAUUUCCUCAAGGACGCUAAUAACCUGAAAUAUUUAGACAUUAGCUUUAACAACAUUCGACACAUCGAACAAUCGAGUUUUCCGGAGGACGUCGUCAAUCAGAUGGAUGAGCUACUUUUGCACAACAAUGAUUUUGUGUGCACUUGCAAUGUCACUUCUUUUGUCACGUGGCUCAACAGCACCAAAGUGCCCAUCCCUAAACUGGCCACGGACGUGACCUGCGCCGCUCCGGAGAAACAACGAGGUCAGCCCGUGAUCUCGUUUGACCAGCUGGCCUGCCAACACAAUGACUUGGCGAUCAUUCUCUACAUGCUCAAUGCUUCCCUGGUACUGAGCUUCCUCAUCCUGUGCAUCUCCAGUCAUCUCUUCCUGUGGGACGUCUGGUACAUCUACCAUUUCUGCCGGGCUAAGCUGAAGGGCUACAGCCGCCUUUACUCUCAGAAUGCUCUCUUUGAUGCCUUUGUGUGUUACGACAAAGAAGAUCCUGCUGUGUUGGAAUGGCUUACAAAGGAAAUGUGUGUCCAUCUGGAGGAGCGAGGAGAUCGCAGGUUGACUUUGUGUCUAGAGGAGAGAGACUGGAUUCCUGGCUACCCUCUGAUUGACAACCUCUCGCAGAGCAUCCAAAAAAGCAAGAGGACCGUUUUUAUUCUCACCAAUAAAUACAUCAAAAGCGGGAACUUCAAAACUGCUUUUUACAUGGCCCAGCAAAGGUUAAUGGAUGAAAAAAAUGAUGUUAUCGUCUUGAUCCUCUUGGAGCAAGUGCCUUGUAAUUCCAAGUACCUUAGAUUACGUAAACGGUUGUACAAACGCUCCGUUCUCGAGUGGCCAACAAACCCACAGGCUCAGCCGUACUUCUGGUUCAGCGUGAGAAGCGUUUUGGCCACUGAAGGCCACAAGCAAUACAACAAUCUCUUCAAAGAGACGCUCUAAAACAAACCAGUAUGACCAGUAUGACCUUCCUGUUAUUUCUUUAUUGUGUGUCAGUUAAACAAUUUACUCUUCAGCGGUUGACUUCUCUUAAAACUACACUUCAAAAUGUUCAAAUCUUGCUUACAACUUCCAAUUUAUUUAAUAAAGAUUAUAAUUGUGACAGUU